CCACCCAAGAUAAAAGUGCAAUUCAGUAUACUGAUACAUUAUAUGUCGAUAAAAUAUUUUCUCAAGCUUCAGAAUAUAGUAAACAGGACUCUGAUUUCAGUUCAGACAAAUGUGAAGCUCUACCUACAUGGUUUCCAACUAGAGAAAUAGCAUGUUUGCCUACAAAAAUUCACAAAGAGAACAUACUUACUAAAUCACAACAUUUAAACAUUUUUAAGAAUGAACCAAGAAAUGCAAAUAUUAGCUAUAACCCUCUAAAACUAGACAAAAUGCUUGCUAAAGUUUUAUAUAAAAUAUCAGCAGCUUUAUGGCUCUUAGACAAUGUGCUUAAAUCAGUUUAUACAUCUAAGCCUCUAUAUACUGAUCAAGAUAGGCUUUUAGAAACAAGAGUCAUGCCUCAAGUAGAAGAAGCAGUACUAGUUAUAAUUAUAGGCCAACUUCUUCUUGCAAUAAUUAGAAAUUUAACUGGCAAAGAGGCGGCUUUACAACCUUCUAGAGUCACCUCACACAGGAAAAUCAACAAUAAUAUCGAGAAUAGGGGGAAGACUAGCACACUUCAUACUGAAGACCUUAGGCUUUGUGAUAAAUUUAAAAAAAUUGAAACUGAUAUUAGUACAACAAGCAGAAUAUCUAGGAUUUAUAAUAAACUCCAAGACUAUGACACUAGCACUACCCAAACACAAGAUAAAAGAUAUCCUGAAAGAUUGCAAAAUAACCAAUGGAUGAGACAUGUAUCUGGCUCUUUCCCAAGAAAGCAUAUAACAGAUAUAGUAGUGAAUAAUAAAUCUAGAAGGCUAAGAAGUAGCACAGGGAAUAUGGCUGCUCUCUGGUUACUAGAACAACCUACAAAAACAUUUACAUAUCAAUAUUCUAGAACUUAUAGCAAUACAUUACGCUCUUCUAGCAUUCAAGGACUUAAAAGAUCAAGCAGUUAUGAUCAGAAACGACAAUACUACAUGU